CGGCAACGCAGACAUUACUUGCCAGGAGAAAGAAGCUGUAAAAUGGCCGUUGCUGUACGAACUCUGCAAGAUCAGCUUGAAAAAGCAAAAGAGAGUUUAAAAAAUGUGGACGAAAAUAUUCGUAAAUUGACAGGCCGUGAUCCCAACGAACUUAGACCAGGCCUUGCUAGGAGGCUAACCAUCACAGGCCCUGGUGGAGGUAGGGGGCGAGGAAUUCAUAUACUAAGGCGUGGACUCUCGGACAGCGGAGGAGGACCCCCAGCUAAACAGAGGGAUAUUGAAGGGGCACUCUUGAGGCUGGCCGGAGAUCAACGAGCAAGGAGAGAUUCACGCAAUGACAGUGACGCUGAGGAUGAUGACGAUGUCAAAAAGCCAGCGUUGCAGUCAUCAGUUGUUGCUACCUCCAAAGAACGAACACGUCGAGACCUUAUCCAGGAUCAGACCAUGGAUGAGAGGGGGAAACAAAGGAAUCGACGUAUGUUUGGCCUGUUAAUGGGAACACUUCAGAAGUUUAAACAGGAGUCUACAGUUGCCACAGAGAGGCAAAAAAGACGUUUAGAGAUUGAGCAAAAACUUGAAGUCCAAGCAGAGCUGGAACGCAAGAAAGUUGAGAGUGAGAGACGAGAGCUUUUUGAAGAACGGCGUGCCAAACAGACAGAGCUGAAACUUUUGGAACAAAAAGUGGAACUUGCUCAUUUGCAAGAAGAGUGGAAUGUGCACAAUGCUAAAAUAAUAAAGUACAUCCGUACAAAAACAAAGCCUCCAAUCUUCUAUAUUCCUGGUAGGAUGUGCUCAGCCACUCAUAAGCUCUUAGAGGAAUCUCAGAGAAAAAUGAAUGUCUUGCUUGAGGAGAGGCGCGCAGAGUUUGCUGAGCAGCUGAACAAGAUGGAGGUGCGUCCCAGGCGCCUGUUACUGAGGAGCAAAGAGCAAGAGGACAAUCGGAAUGAAGACCAGAAGAAGGAAGAGCAAGAGGAGGGUAAGCCAACCGGGCAGGAGGUGGAGGUGACAGGUAACCAGAAUGAUAUAAAGAUGGAAGAGCCAGGAGAGGGGGAUGCAGAGGUGAGUGUAGAGCAGGGGGUGGGGGAGCAGGGUGAGGGUCAGGGUGCAGUGCAAGAACCGAAGCAGUCGGUGGGAAUGAAGGGGGUAGAGGAGGAGGAGGAAGAGGAAGGAGAUGAAGAGGAGGAGGAGGAUUAUAGGAUGGUGGAGGGCAGGGAGGUGGAAGAGCAGAGAGAUGUUAGUGAGGUUAGGGAGGCUGAGGAUAGUCAGUGUAGGGAUGGGGACGUCCAGAUGGAAGAACCUAAUGAAGAACCUAAAGAGGAGGUUCGAGGACCAGUGGAGAUGGAGGUAGGUACUGAGGAAAAGAAGAUGGAAGAUGUGGUUGAAGGAAACAGAGAGCCUCUUGCGGUGGAACCUGUAGUGGAGUUGGAAAGCCAAGAGAAUGGCCUUGAAACCGGUACUGCCGCCCAAGAGGCACCGGAGCCCCUGGUGCCGGAGCCGUGUGUCGAAGCAGCAGCAGCAGCAGUAGCAGCAGCUCCCGAGACCCCAGUUACCCAACAGUCAGAUGGGCUUCAGCCCCCGGGACCCGCGGAGAGGCGGGUGGUUGCCCUCCAGCCGGCGGCGGAAGACGAGGCCAAAGAUCAGGCCGCGCAGGGUGAGGGCCGGGGCCGAGCCCGGGAGAAGAAGAAGAGCCGCAGCAGCAGCUCCAGCUCGUCGUCCAGCAGCAGCAGCUCCAGCGGCUCCAGCGGCAGCAGCUCCAGCUCCACCAGCAGCAGCAGGAGCAGCUCCAGCUCCAGCACCAGCACCUCCAGCAGCAGCACCAGCAGCCAGAGCAGGAGCCGCAGCCGGGGCAGGGGCGGAGGGGGCCACGCCAGGGACAGGAAGCGCAGGAGGAGGCCUUCGGAGAAGGAGAGGGACAGGGAGAGGAAGAGGGGUGGCGCGGGGGCCGAUAGGAGCCACAAAUCGUCCAAGGGCGGCGGUAGAGAUGGGAAAGGUUCCAAAGACAAGAGCUCCAAGUCAGACAGGAAGAGGUCGGGUGCAGAAGGCAGUCGCUCGGGGAAAAGGCCCUCCCGGAGCGACAGGGAUCGGAAGUCAGACAGGAAAGACAAAAGGCAUUAAAGAAAGCCAAGCGUGGAAAAUCUGUCUUUCCCCCCCCCCUUUAUUUUAAGAACAAAGCCAAUUGCUUCAGAAAACUAUUGUCUAUGGACACAGGGACGAGGUUUUAUCUGGUAACUACGCCUUAAACAUUACAUAACUGUUCUUCGAAAAAUUGCUUACAAAUAAUGUGGGAUGUUUGGAUGUUUUCCCCAUUUUACAUGGCUUGAUAUUUCUCAUUCCAGAUGACGUAACGCAUUUAAAAGUUAGAAUUGCUUGAACUCGCUUUGAGUUACAAAAGAAAGAAUACUUGGGAGUCAAGACCUCCUGUGUGCAUUUUAAAAUAAGUGUGUGUCAUCAUGAUGGUGUUAAAAAAAAUUCAUUUAAGAACAGGCCUCAUUUUCUUUUUAUUCUACUGCCGAUAAUGUGAUGCAUUAAUUUCUCAUUUUUCCUUGGAGACUGGGUUUAUUACCAUAAUCUGAAAUGUCUUAAUUGAGUCAAUGACAUUUCUCAACGAAUAGAUUCUUUGUGCUGGUGUUGCCCCACAGUCCAGCUUCAUAUGUAGUUAUGCCAGUUUGUCCCAGUUAAAACGUAAAGACAGUGUAAUUUACAGUUGUUUAGCUGUGUGAAUGUCAUACCUUCACAUGUAAUUAAGUAUUCAGUAGAUGUUUGACAGAGAUAAUAGUGCUUCAUCAGAAGAUUUUGUGGAAAGCACUUUGGAAGCUCCUGUUUUUUUUUUUGUUUUUUUUUCUACAAAUGAAAAACUGCCAUCCACUUAAAUAAAACGCGUAGCUGGCUGAACUGAU